AGUGAUGAUGGUGCAGGCGGGACUCUCUCUUUCCUUCUGCAGUCAUUCUGAGAGUUCGCUCCUCUGUGCAACAACGUGUUUCUUCCUUUUACAUUUUAUUCACUUGAAGAGCUGACGGGAUACUUAAAGUCCUGGGAGUGGUCUUUCUGAAAACAAUCCUGGAAUGUGCUUUUAGAAGGCUGGUUAAUUCAGCUCCUUAACACUGUUGGUUUUUUUUUUUUUCAAUCUUUUCUGGGAUUUCUGUCUCCUUCCAGCGGCUGGAAAUUGGAUCUGCUUGUGUAACAUUCCUAGAUUACAGCAUCCCCCCACCCCACUUCUUACUCCACCAACUUUGGUUUAGCUCAGUCUGGGCUGUUUCUGCUAAAGAGAAAGUCUUUUAAGAAGCAUAUCGCCUGCUCUCCCAGUUUGAGGAACAGCUCCUGGAAUUACGUGGAUUUCCUAACUGUGUGUUAUAGGUGUUUUGAACUCAUCCCUUCCUCCUGUUGGGGGUUGGGGUGAGGAUACAUUACCGUGGCCCCCCCUGGGCAACCUGUUGGAGCUGUGUAUUCCUCUUGAGUUGGAAUUUUUAUCUUCACGCCAUUUGUUUAUUUAUAAGAAAGCUUCAGGAACAGAACUGUGAAACAGGAAAGGAGUGGCCAUCUCUUAUGGGUAUUUUUGUUGUUAUGGAAAGAGCAUGAUGAAGAGUAAGUCUGCUCCUCAUGUCGGCUACUGUUAGACUACAGCCUGUGUACUCAUGGAAGGGGGUGCUCAAGCUCUUCUCUUGCAUAGCGGCCAGAACUGCUAGUAAACCUAAAGAGGUCCACACAUUUCAAGGAAAGAAGAAAGACGUACUUGGAAAUCUUAUGGACGAAGAAAUGAGUCGCCAGACUGCCACAGCGCUGCCCACAGGAACCUCUAAGUGUCCCCCUUCUCAGCGCGUCCCAACCUUGUCGGGCACCACCGCAUCCAACAGUGACCUCGCCAGCCUAUUUGAGUGCCCGGUCUGUUUCGACUAUGUGCUGCCGCCCAUCCUGCAGUGCCAGAGCGGCCAUUUGGUGUGUAGCAACUGCCGGCCCAAACUCACCUGCUGCCCCACCUGCAGAGGCCCACUUGGGUCAAUCCGGAAUUUGGCAAUGGAGAAAGUGGCCAACUCGGUGCUUUUCCCCUGCAAGUACGCCUCAUCGGGCUGCGAAGUCACCCUACCGCACACAGACAAGGCUGAACACGAGGAGCUUUGUGAAUUCCGGCCAUACUCUUGCCCCUGUCCUGGCGCCUCCUGCAAGUGGCAGGGAUCUCUCGACGCCGUUAUGCCCCACUUGCUGCACCAGCACAAGUCCAUAACCACACUACAAGGCGAGGAUAUUGUCUUCCUGGCCACAGACAUCAACUUGCCUGGAGCAGUGGACUGGGUCAUGAUGCAGUCCUGCUUCGGCUUCCAUUUUAUGCUUGUGCUGGAGAAGCAGGAGAAAUACGACGGCCACCAGCAGUUCUUUGCCAUCGUCCAACUGAUCGGCACACGGAAACAGGCGGAAAACUUCGCCUACCGACUGGAGUUGAACGGCCACAGGCGGCGACUCACUUGGGAGGCGACGCCACGUUCCAUCCAUGAGGGUAUCGCCACCGCCAUCAUGAACAGUGACUGCCUGGUGUUUGACACCUCCAUUGCUCAGCUGUUUGCCGAGAACGGCAACCUGGGCAUCAACGUCACCAUAUCUAUGUGCUGAGGACUAACAGCUGUGCAUACUUGAACACAUACAAACACACACACACGCACACAAACAUGAAACUAGACAUUUCAAAACACCGCAGGAUACCUUGAGUUGUGCUUGGGGGAUGGGGGAAGUAGCUAACCUAGGGGACUUUUUUGCUGUUGUACGUUCCAAGUAGUCCUAAAAAAGAAACAACACAAACUGUUAUUGGUUGGAUCUCGGCACAUCUGGCCAGACAUGACGCCUGGGUUCUCAAUUUUAUGCUACAAUAUUAUAUAAGUUAAAUAAUUAAUGUAUUCUACAUCUUUGAGAGCAACGUUCAUUGCCCUUGAAGGUAUAGGAAAGCCACGUUUGUGGAAUGGACCUUUUGCAGAUGUGUCAUUUGGGAUGAGGGUUCGACGAUCGACACGCCAGCCUGGAUGGCGCUUAGGAAUAUUGAUCAAUUUUUGGGGGUUCAAAAAACUCAACCCCUGGAGCAAGUUGUUGUUUCCCAAACCGUUUUGCAUUUCAGUUCUGAUAAAACACUAACUUUUAUGUUCAAAUAUUAGGUUUUGUUUUAUUCUAGUCUUGUCAUUUUCCCCUUCCCCCAGUUUUUUUUUGGUCCCCUCUAAAUUCUCCUACCUUGAGUAUGAUACAGAAAAAGGUUCUGGUAAUUGGUGCAUGACCACUGGAUACGUUAAAACAAGUCCAGAUUUCAUUUUAGAAGUCUUGUUUGUUUCUGCCUGUCACUGCAGUGUUUCUCCUGUUUGUUUCUGAAGGGAUGGUGUCAUGACUUGGCACAUGCACAUCAAGCUAGGUUAUGAACACAGGCAAGUCUUUGGCCAUCAAGCCACACAUUUUUCCUUUUUAUAUCAAAUAAGACAUAUUGAAGUUGUACGUUCUGCGUGAGAUCAUAAGGUUUGGUUUUCUGACACACAGGCCCUCCAUUACAAACACUGGAGUAAACACUGCACUGAAUAUCAGGCUAGGAACGGGGCAAUUAACACAGUUAUUAUAAUGAGAUUAUUGUCAUAAUUAUCAUUUUGUAAUGACUUGUAAGAAAAUGGAAUGAAAAGGCUGUUGUAACCUUGUGGCUAAUCUUCAGUGUUUGUAGAUAGUGUUGUUCUUCAGAAGACCUCAACGUCUUCUUUUUCUCUUUUUGUAAGUCAAUAUUUUUGUUGCUGUUGUUCUCUGUAUGUCUGUAUUUCUGUUUGUUUUUUUGUUUGUUUGUUUUUUUGCAAGGAUAGGGUAAAGCAAAGCCAAACAUCUCUGUGGAUACAUUGUACUGUUGCUAGUCCUGAUCUCUAAUUUUAUUUGUUUUAUUGUUUGUUUUGUUCUAUUUUGCCAGUAAAUAAAUCUAUCUUUUUCAUA